AUGAAGUGGGUGCUUCUAUUCGUCGGCGUGGUUGGCGCUUCCCAGCCAUAUUACUGGCACUACGGUGAUCAAAAACAGGCAGACUGCAUCGCGGGGGAGGUGUUCUUCCGCCAAAACGGCCCAUGCGAUCUCGAAAUAUGCAGUGGACGUGUGGACCAGAGUGAAUGCCGCGGCGUGAUGUCGAACAUUUGCUUGUGCAAGGCGCAUCUAGGUGGCGGCCCGAUACGCGACGCGUUAGACGUGCUGCGAUGGCCAUUUGCCACGGGAUGCAUGGCAGAGACGGCCGAGGACUUCAAAACUGUGCUGCAUGCAGAACGACAACUGGCCCGUCAGCCAUAUCGGUUUUCACUCCAAUUUGGAGACAACCGGACUGCCUGGCGAGCCCCGCUCACAGAUGAUGAAUAUGGGUUGAUUUUUGCAGAGCCCAAAUACCAGCUCCCCGACAAGCUUCGAAACCUUCUAAAAGCGCAGAUUGGCCCCAACGACGAGGCCACAGCUUUUCGGCACACCCAGUUUUCGGAGAAGAAUGACUCCCACGAAGCGACCCGCUUCGACCACAUUCACAUCUACGUUGCCCAGAAUCGCCGAGGCGUCGGCAUCGAGGCGGUAAAAGUGCGCAACGGCUACAAGCUGGUCAAAGAGAGGGAUGAGUGCGUCCCAAUCCCUUGGCGA